AUGUCCCAGGACCAGGUUGAGGACCCCAAGAUACAAUUCCGAAACGUGCCAGAAGGCAGAGGGAAACUCUUCCCUCUCAGAUCCGAACAGAGCACGCAAUCACCAAGCUCAGAAUCCACACCCUUAUGCUUCGGAACUCGCAACUGCUCCUCCUGCGUAGGCCUCUUCCUCCCCCUUCCAAACCAAGGAUGUGCAUACGUCGCCCACAUCAACGCCUGGGUCUUGUCCACCGACGACAAGGGCAAAGAAGGUUACGACCGCAUUCCCAGCUUAUCAGAAGGAAAUCGGUUCAGAGCAGAAGUAUUGAGAAAGUUCCAGUCCGUGUUCGCAAAGCAUAGCUGGGUAAUAGCCGAUAUCGACGCCGCAGGCGUCACUCUGGUCUGCCCUAAACUCUACGAUGGCGGCAGCUGGGACUACUCCACAGGAUGGUACGUGGUAGACGCCAUCAGAGACCUCCUCGCCAGGCCGCCGGGGCUACAGUGUGAUUCGCUUGCACAUGGGUUCGUUUUCGAUCCCGUUGACGGGGAGAUGGAGAACUUGCCGAUCUCAGGCUCGAGGCAGGAUUCUUUCAGCACUAAGAUUUGGGUGCAGAAAGCGGACGGGUUGGAAUGGGAGUAUGGUGUUGUUGAUGAGGUGGAGGGGUUGGAUGAUUGGGAGAUUCAGGCGGAGAGGCCGUGA